AUGCCUUGGAUGUUCCGCCAUCGCUUUCGCGAUGAACCGAUCUCUCGCAUAGACAAGUUCAGAGCUUGGCUUCAAAUCGGGCAGCCGGAGCUCAUCGUUGCUACAGUGGCAUGCGCAGGUGUUGUCGUUCUUCGUGCAGUCUGCCGGCGACGACGUUGUCGCUCUAUUUCUGUGACUUCGAAGGAACGAAGCGCCACGAUCCGCAUCCAUCCUGCCGCGACCUCCCGCGCGGAAGGGCAGCCAGCCCGGGAUUUGGGCGUCCUUGCAGCAGCCCGUCUAAAGCGAGAACGUGGACAUGCCGCAGUACUGGAGCUCUUUGCUGGCUCUGGUAUGCGGUCGGCGCGUUACCUCUUGGAAGGUGGAGCCGACUUCGUCUGGGCAAACGAUGCGAAUCAGGAGCUGUUCCAGACACUUUUGGCCAACCUGCAACAGGCCGCAUCUGCAGCAGGGCAGAUGUCGCAGGACUACCCCUGCUCCGACCUGCUGCCUGAGUGGGCCGCUCCGCACAGCUGGCGGCUCCAGGAGGGACUGCCCCUCCACGGCAGGGAGGCAGGGCGGCAUCCAGGAUGGCGGCAUCGUUCGAGUGCAGACAAAGAUUCUAGCACUUCUGCACAGGGCUGGCGGGUGACCCACUGGGAAUCGAAGUCUUUGCUUGGAUAUUGCCAAGCGGUGAAUCGGCAGUUUGACUUUGUGGACGUGGAUGCUUCUGGCUGUUGGUCUCACAUUGGCGCAACACUGGAGCUUGUACGACCAGGCGGGCUGCUGUACCUGGCAGCUACUGGUCUCACAUCAAGCAAACCUUCCCUGGCUUUUCAGAGCUUGGGCGUGCGGCUGGCUAGAUGUCCGCCUACAGAAACUCUCCACGACCACAUGGCAAGAGCCUUGAUUUGGCGAAUGGUGUCCGCUGCAGACAGCCUGGGGCUGAUUGCGCAACCACUUUUCAGUCUCUAUCGCGGGGCCGGAGAUGUCUUCCGGAUUCUGCUCCGUGUGGUCCGGAGAUCUGGUGAGAGCACCCUGAAAGCAUUCUGCUGUGGAGUCUGCUGCGACUGCAACAUCUACGUGGGGCCGUUGGAAGACGAGAGUCUCUUCGGUGCACGCCACGCCCGAUCUAGAUGCCGUAAUUGCCACUCCAGCGACUUUGUUUGCUGGGGUCCAUUGUGGACAGGCAGCUUGAAUUCAGACCCGUUUCUUGCCCAGCUCCAGGCUGAUGCAGCUGUUCGAGGAUGGCUGCAGGAGCCUCUCAGCGAAGGUGGUCGUAUGUCGCCACUGGCAGAGCUGCUUCCAAGGCUUCGGGCAGAGGCAUCCGCCGAGGCAGCUGCGGAGGCAAGCGGGGCAACGCUCCGACCUUGGACCCUGCGACUACCCGCAGUGGCACAGCGCGGAGGUUGCGCACCACCCCAGCUUGGACAGCUGUUGGAGGAGCUGAGUGCGGCGGGGCACACAGCUUGCCGUUCUUCCCUUGGUCCAGAGCACUUCAGAACAUCUGCAGACGUGUCAGAAGUGGUGACGAUCGCUCAAAAUCUGAGCCUCAACCGAAGGCCAAAGAGAACUCAGAAACUGGUGGUGCCUAGGGCGGGC